CUGAGGAUGGCGGAGCUGCCUGCCGAGAUGCGGGAGCGGCUGGGCCUGUGGGAGCGGCUCCCGCGGCCUCUGGCGCCCCUCAGCGAACGGCAGUGCGACUCCGUGGUGGAGCUGCGCGAGGCCUUCCUCUGCCCGCCCGCCCCGCCGGAGCUUCCCAUUGAAGAUUUAAGCAGCUUGGGGCAGCCAUCAUUAACCAUAACACUGACCGCUACAGUGCCAGAAUCCACAGAAGACAUCCUUGUGAAAGGGUUUUCCUCUUUGGGUAUGGAAAGUGAAAGAGUUGAAACAGCACAACAGUUUUUCUCGUGGUUUGCUCAGCUCCAGACCCGGAUGGAUGAAGAUGAAGGGGCCAAGUACAGACAGAUGAGGACUUAUUUGUCGGGAUUCGAAGAACAGUGUGACGCCAUCUUGAGCGAUGUGAACAGUGCUCUUGAGCACCUGGCGUCAUUGCAAAAGCAAUAUCUCUUUGUGUCAACCAAAACAGGAACGCUGCACGAAGCCUGUGAACAACUAUUGAAGGAGCAGUCCGAACUCGUGGAACUGGCAGAAAAUAUCCAACAGAAGCUUUCAUAUUUUAAUGAACUGGAAAAUAUCAGCACAAAACUGAAUUCCCCAACGUUGUCUGUUAACAGCGAAGGUUUUAUCCCUAUGCUAGCUAAACUUGAUGAUUGUAUUACAUAUAUUUCCUCACAUCCAAACUUUAGGGAUUAUCCUAUAUAUUCAACAAAGUUUAAGCAAUGCCUUUCUAAAGCUAUGCACCUUAUGAAAACGUACACUGUGACUACACUACAGAACCUCACAAACCAGUUGAUUAAAAGGGACCCUUCCGCUGUGCCAAAUUCAGACAAUGCCUUCACGUUAUUUUAUGUGAAGUUCAGAGCUGCUGCUCCCAAAGUCAGAACACUUAUUGAGCAGAUAGAGCAGCGAUCUGAGAAAAUGCCAGAGUACCAGCAGCUGCUGAGUGAAAUACAUCAAUGUUACCUUGAACAGAGGGAGCAGUUACUGGGACCUAGUAUUACUAGUACUGUAACAGAAUUAACUAAUCGAAACAACAGAGAUCACUGUGCUCUGGUUCGAAGUGGCUGUGCCUUCAUGGCCCACGUGUGCCAGGAUGAACAUCAACUUUACAACGAGUUCUUCACGAAACCGACCUCAAAACUGGAUGGACUUUUAGAGAAGUUAUGCCUGUCACUGUACGAUGUCUUCAGACCGUUGAUCAUCCAUGCAAUUCACUUAGAAACAUUGUCUGAGCUCUGUGGGAUUCUGAAAAAUGAAAUGCUUGAAGAUCAUGUGCAAAACAAUGCGGAACAGCUGGCGGCUUUUGCGGCUGUGGUUGAGCAGAUGUUGGAGGACGUCCAAGAGCGCUUGGUCUAUAGGACCCACAUCUAUAUUCAGACGGAUAUUGCGGGCUAUAAGCCUGCCCCAGGAGAUCUUGCCUAUCCUGCAAAGCUGGAAAUGAUGGAGCAAAUAGCACAAAGCUUGAAAGAAGAAGAGAAGAAGUUGCCUGCAGAUAGUUCGUUUUCAGAUGUGAAGCUGGAAGAUCCAGAGAGCUGCAAUGCGGUGAAACCUGAUGUAUCGGAAUCCUGUCCUAGAACUCAUACCACAAUUUCGCCGGCGGAUCUCCACGGAAUGUGGUAUCCCACUGUCAGAAGGACCCUUGUGUGUCUCUCCAAGCUUUACAGAUGUAUCGAUAGGGCAGUGUUCCAGGGAUUGUCGCAGGAGGCUCUGUCUGCCUGCAUACAGUCCUUGCUGCUGGCUUCAGAUUCCAUUGCUAAAAACAAGGGACAGGUUGAUGGGCAGCUUUUCUUAAUAAAACAUCUUUUGAUUCUUCGUGAACAAAUUGCUCCUUUCCACACUGAAUUCACCAUAAAGGAAAUUUCCCUGGACCUUAAGAAAACUAGAGACGCUGCCUUUAAAAUCCUGAAUCCCCUGACGGUGCCACAUUUUUUUAGACUAAGUAGCAGCAACGCACUGAUACAGUUCUUAUUGGAGGGUACGCCGGAGAUCAGGGAACAUUAUAUUGACUCUAAGAAGGAUGUGGAUCGGCACUUGAAGUCCGCUUGCGAGCAGUUCAUUCAGCAGCAGACGAAGCAGUUCGUAGAUCCCCUGGAGGAAUUCCUGACAAAGGUUUCUGCUUUGAAGAUGAUGGCUAAUCAAGGGGGCCCAACGUACAACCUCUUGCAGCAGCCGUGGGCACAGCCAGCAAAGGUCGGUGACUUGGUGUCUUCAGCCUAUAAGACGAUAAAAACAAAACUGCCAUCAACGUUACGGAGCAUGUCCCUGUAUUUGUCCAAUAAGGACACGGAAUUCAUUUUAUUCAAGCCAGUUAGGAACAAUAUUCAGCAAGUGUUUCAGAAGCUGCACAGCCUGUUAAAAGAAGAAUUUAGUAACGAAGACCUCCAGAUUGUCGCUUGCCCUUCAAUGGAGCAGGUGAACCUCCUGUUGUCCAUGAACAAGUAGUCAUGCUCUGAGAAACCUCUUUAUCAAGCGGGAGGAAAGGGGAAGACUUGCUGAGCCCUCUGAGCUUCCCUCCAUCCCUCUGAACAGGAAGAGGAUCCCGUGUGCUGUGGCAGCUCUUUCGCUGGGGCGGAAACUCUGCCGAAGACCCUCUGCCGGCCUCUGGCCAUCUCCCGCCUUCCAAGCAUUUUUAAAAGUCUUAUCGCUCCCCCUCCCUGCAUUCUGCAUCUGUCGAAUGCCUGCUUUUUCAGGGGUUUGUGCCGAAAAUAAAUCAGAAAAAGCAGGGAUCAAAGAGCUUGAGGGGUGGAUGCCUGGCACAGCUGGCACCCGCCAAAGCACAACUCCGCACGUGUCAGGUUCCUCCUGCAUAAGAGUGCACAUGCGUGUUAGUCCUCGUAGUGCGGAAGGGGCCGGUAUCUGCAUGCGUGCUGCCACAUCAGGCUUCGCUACAGGUACUACUCUGGCACAGCCUCACUGCGUGUCACUGAAAGCGUUCAGAUGCAGGUGGAUCUGGGCGUAGCAUGUCAGUUUGUGAAAAUAGGAUGCUUCUCUUUGGGUAUUUGCGAGUCUUCCACAGGGCUUACUGCAGCGUCCGUUCCCGAUGAAUGCUGGCACCUGCCAGUUCUGCAAAGAAUCUCUGCGUGCUUGGUGUGUACAAGACAUGCAGAGAAAACGGUGCAAUAUGAGAAGGAAAGGCUAUGCAAUCACGCUUGAGUGCAAGCUGCAAAGUUUCAGGGCCUCAGAACUAUUCAUGUAAAGGGCUUCCUUAGCGUUGGCUGAGGAGUGUGGUCAGAGUGCUUGACGGCAGAGCUGAUCUGGUGUCCAUUGUGAAAUUCAGUGCAGUGGGAGAGGCCUCCAUUAAAGGAGUGGCAAUAAAACUGCUUCACUUUCCUAUGUAGGAAUCUGUCCGUUGCUCCCUGGGAAUCACAACACGACAGCCUGCGUAUGUCUAGACCCCUGUGCGUCCUGGGGAGCCCUCGUUAACUGUGACUUCCAUAUUCAUAGACACAAGCAGCAGUUUGCACAGCAUAAGACUAUUUCAUGUUACAACCUACAGAUGGAAGUGCCUUGAUUGAGGUCUGAAAUUCUCAAAAACAAAAAUGAAGCUCCAUUAAGUCUUUGGGGAUUAGAAACGGAACCCUUCAUAAUUGUUCAGGGGUCCGAGGUGAUCUGUAAAACAGGACAGUGUGCUUGCUGGGAGGGUAAAUGAUUGGAGCCUUGCGCAACUGGUCUGUAGCCAAUAAUCAGAAUUCGGUUAUUGUCCAGAAAGUAAUCAAAAUGCUGCAUCGUGUUGUGGCAUGAGUUGGAAUUGGUUGCUUUGGUCAGAGGGUGAUCCUUCGUCAGCUUGACUGGGCCUCCUUGGUUGCGGGGAUUUGCUUUUCGGUUCAUUUAAACACUUGUGUUGUUAAAGUCACCUGAUCGAAUACUAAAUUAGCAAGCUUUCAAAGCUCAUUAAUGCACCAAGAGGAGGAAAAAUAAGAUGGCGAUGCCGCUGAUGGGAUAGGAGUCUUGAUGCCUGUCCGGGCGCAGCAGCUUCCCCCAUGCCCCAACGCCCCCACGGGCGGACCCCGCGGGCAUGGGGGGCCUGCUGCGCCCAGACAAUGCCCAAUGAAGUUACUGAACAAUAAAAGCAAAGUCCUGGUGACCCUCGAGUGCAGCCAGAACACUGUGAAGGCAAAGUCCUCUUCGUUGCAAUGAGAAUUUUAUGAGGCAAGCUAAAGUUGCGAAGAUGUCGGAUGUGUCCGAAGCGGUCGUUGGAUUUUGCUUUUAUUGUUUAAUAGGCCACAUCCAAAUCCCCCUUUCUCCUCCCUGCUGCCUGACAUGUGGUGAGGAUCUCUGGUGCCUAUGUUAAUGGAAGAGCUAUCACUGCAAAACAAUCUGUUCAAAUGGUUGUAAAAUAACGUCCUGUAGUAUAUAUGUACAUUUGGCCAUUUUAUAGGGUUUUCAUACCUGACUCUUGUAUGAAGUUAUGAUGUAUUUUAAUCGAAUCUGGUGACUGAAUCCUUUCAGUUAAUAUUAGAAUAGCUAAGAAGGAAAAGAUUACUCGGGUGAUCUUUGUACAGUGCCCAUGAUUAAAUGCAGGCUUAUUUAAAACUGUACAGUAUAUUUACCUACGCAAAUAGUGUACAUAAUUUAAAAGAUUAAUUUAAGGUCUUUAUAUUAUUGACUAGAGUCCUGUUUUUAAUGUGGUUUUUCUUUUUCAAAUAAAAGCUUUGGUUUCGUA